AUGGCCGCAACUGCCUCUCGUCUCCCAAACCCAGGCCCAAUCCACCCGGCCCGCGUCGAAAAAAGAGCCAUCAAACAGAGCAUCGCGCGGCCGGUCCGGAUCGCCGUGCAUGACCCCCGCGACCACGAAGCCCCUGCCAUCUUGCACCAGCCCAAACGCUACACUGCCGAAGACGCAAAAUCGUCGGCCGUGAUACUAGUCAGUGGUGCCGGAGGAGGCGUCAGUGGACCCGCAGGAAUGUAUCCAUCGCUCGCCGAAAAGCUGGCCUUGCUGCUGUCAAUCCCGUGUAUCAGACUCGACUACCGCGAGCCUGCGCAGACGGAAUACUGCUCAGCCGACAUUGUCGCGGCAAUGGACUACCUCGCGGUGGAAUUCUCGUCUACGCAUUUUAUUCUUGUUGGCUGGUCGUUUGGCGGAAGUCCCUGUUUCACAGUGGCUGCAACGGAGCCUGGUCGCGUGGCCGGCGCUGCGACUGUGGCGUCACAAACGGCGCGCACCGACGGAGUAACCAUACUCAGUCCGAGGCCAAUGCUGGUUAUGCAUGGCACGGGUGAUACAUGCUUGUCGCCCGAUUGUUCACAAAGCCUGUACCGCUCGUAUGGAACUGGAGGGAAGCGGAAGCUAAAGCUGUUUGAUGGGGAUGACCAUGGGUUGAGCCGCAAUGCGGUUGCUGCGGAGAAGAUGAUUUUUGAUUUUGCCGCUGAGACUUUGGGGUUUAUGGAGGAACUGCAUGAUCCUCAAACAAGAAUACAGGCUGGGCAAGAUUUGGCGGGGAGCAAGGGGGAGAGAUUGAGAGAGACGGCCGCGGGACAUGACCUGGAGGGGGAAACCUUGUAG